GUUGUUGCCUUCCCUAGAUUGCGACGGACUUUAUUUAUUAUUGCUAACAAGAAGAAAAUUUCGAAAAAUUUUGACUCUUUCUGUGCAAAUACUAAAUUUAUUUGCCGUUUUGUAAUGUUUAAUUUACUUCAAAUGGCCGUUUACAUCGGACAGAUAAGUCUCUGAAAGGUUUCAUCUUUCAGUAGCUACUUUAUCUGUCUCCAUCGUUCGAAUAGUGAUAUCGAUCGUUGUGUACGAAAACAUCAAGUAGGUAAAAUAUCAUGAAAAUGGCUUCAAUUAGAUUAGAAAACUACGUAAUAUUCAGUAAAUUGAGUAAAGAACUCAUAAGCAGAAUCAAAUUCGUUCACAUCUUCGGUGCUGGUAAAAAUGCCAUAAUCGUUACUACCUUGGAUGAAGUUUUUAUAGUCGGUGACAAUGACAAAGAAUAUCUCGGAUUCAACAGCAGUCCUAAUCCAAUGGAACCGGUCUUAAUUCCCGAACUCUGUAAUAAAGAAAUCAAAGGGUUUGCAUUUGGCAGCGGACCUCAUAUUUUAGCUUUUAAUGAGCAAGGCCAGGUAUUCGGCUGGGGAUACAAUAACUCCGGUCAAGCUGGAGUCGUUGGUGAAGACAGAGUUACUGUGCCAACUAUGAUUUCGGCUAUAUCUACCAAAGUAUUCAUUCAAGCUGCUUGCGGAUCUGAACAUAGUUUAGCUCUGUGCAGUGAUGGAAAGGUUUAUAGUUGGGGAUCAACGUAUGGACAAACUGGCAUCCACGAAGGACAAAAUAGUAAUCCUACAGAAGUCAGAGCCUUGGCUGAGAAAAAAAUAGUCAGCGUUGAUUGUAACGAAGAAGGUUCGGUUGCCUUGUCGGAUGAGGGCGAAGUGUACAGAUGGGGUAGAUUGAUGAAAGAUCAAGCAUCAAUUGCGCCGUCUAGAAUUACAAAUUUAGUCAAUAUAGUUAUUAGAAAGCUCGUUUGUGGAAAACACCACAUAUUGGCACUUACUGAAGAAGGUGUUAUAUACGCCUGGGGAUCCAAUGAUUUCGGUCAGUUAGGAAUUGGUACCAAAAGAGCGUGCGAAGAACCUACGCGUGUCCCUAAUUUUGAAGAAAGAAUUAUUGAUAUUGCUUCUAAUCACACGAGUGACACAUCUGCUGCCAUGUCUGAAACUUAUAAAGUGUACAUGUGGGGAUCUUGUCGAGGUCCUUGUAUUUUAAGACCGUUCCUGACUCAAAGCUCUUCUUUGCAUGAAGUGUUCCUGAACCAUUCAGAUCCUUUACUCACAUACGAAGCUUUAAAACCAAAUACACGACCAAUGACCGAUGUAGCUGAAUCUGUAAGACAAGCCUUCGAUAAUGCACAAACUAGUGAUUUAACUUUAGUAGUCGGAGGGAAAGGUAUCAAAGUUCAUAAAGCGAUCUUAAAAAUACGCUGCGAAUAUUUUAGAACCAUGUUUAAGCAACCCUGGUCUGAAAAUGCAGGAAAUCAAAUUGCCCUGAAAUUGGAUCGAAAUCACAAAAUAUACAGAGCUUUCUUACAAUAUUUGUACACUGAUGAAGUCGAUUUAUCGCCCGAAGAUACCUUAGAAUUGUAUAAUUUGGCUAACGAAUUUUGCGUUGAAUCUCUAAAAGAACUUUGCGAACAGAACUUUCGAAGCAACAUAAACGUACAGAAUUGUAUCUCGUUAUGGUUAGCUGCGGUUAGAUUUCAAGCUACGCAAUUGACAGAUUUUUGCCUGAUUUAUAUCGCGAAUCACAUGAGUGAAGCUGUUCGUACCACCUCCUUUUUACAAUUAGAUGGUGAAGUAGUAAAAAAAUUAAUUUUGGAAGUUUCUAAUCGUCGAGAAGUUCAAAUGUGAAAUGGUCGUCGUGAUAAGUAGGCAUUAUCUGUUCCACCUGUAUUGACAGAACCAGUUUUACUCGUAUUUUAGAAUCAGUCACGAUUCCUUUUUAAUUAUAUAACCCGCGUUGCUGUUUUCCAAAUAAAAUGAAUAUUGAUACGCUAAAA